UACGACUCCAGAAUCUAACCAUGCAUGAUCUAGCUCUUCCAAAUCACCAGUACAUGCAUGCAUACUAGCUAGUAACAGUGUCGACAGCAGAUUAUAUAUAUUAAUGUUUCUACAAGUUGGUCCAUUAACUAUGGUGCCACCUGGCCAUGACAUUUCUUCCAUCCCCGCGUAUAAGUAGAGAGGAUUAGGCCGGAGCAGCCGUACCUUAUCGUCGCCAUAGCCAGCCAGAUCAUUUGCUUUGCUUUGGUCGUUCCUUCGUUCUCUGACAGCAAGCGGAGGUGCCUGUGCAAAGAGCAAGCAGCGAGCUAAGCUAAGUUCUUCAGAUACAAGAGCUAGCAAGUUAGCAGAGAUGAAGCACCAGCAAAGCACGCGUCUUCUUCUCCCUCAAGCUGCUGCGGCUCCAGCAGAUCACCCCUCUCCCGCCUGCUGCAACCGGCGGUCGGCGACGGAGGAGAUCGCCCGGGGCCAGUCCCUGGUGACGCAGCUGCGGGCGAUCGUGCUCCCCGCGCUGCAGGCCGACCAGCGCGCCGAGCUCGUCGCCCACAUGUUCCAGAGCGUAUUGGAUUGCUCCAGCAAGGCCAUGGCCGAGCUGCAGCUCCAUCAUCAUCAUCGUCGGUCCCCAACCCCAAGUGCUCGACGACCUCGUGACGAUGAUGGUGAUGGGCUGCAGGUGGAUGACAAGAAGAGGGUCAAGAGGAUUUCCUCUGUCGUCGGCUGCAAGGAGGAGGAGGAGGAGGGUGUUGCUGGUGCUGCUGCUGCUGCUAAUAACCCCCGUCGGCAUCAGCACAAGAGAAGCAGGAGGCUCGAUGACUCGGCCGUGUCGCUUGAAACACCAGUGCCGCACUACGACGGCCGCCAGUGGAGGAAGUACGGGCAGAAGCACAUCAACAACACCAAACACUCGAGGAGCUACUACAGAUGCACCUACAGGCAGGAACAAGGCUGCAAGGCAACGAAGACGGUGCAGCAGCAAGACGACGACAGCAGCAACAGCAGCAGCAGCAGCGGCACCGCCGCCCUCAUGUACACGGUAGUCUACUACGGCCAGCAUAGCUGUAACAGCAAUAAGGACCAUAACGACGAUGGCGGCGGCGCUAAUUCGAGCCGGCCUGUCGACGAUGAUGACUCUGAAACAAUAAAAACCAGAAGCAGCAGCGACAGCCAGUCCAGCAGCAGCAUGUCGAGCAUCACCUGCUGUGCGGAUGCUCGUGGUGGCGGCCAUCAGAUCAUCGAUCAGGCAUUCCUGCCACAUGACAGUAAACCCAUCGUCGACGACGACGAGUCUGCGGAAGAAGAGCUGGACAUGCGUGAGCCGUUCGACGUCGCUGCGUUUGCACCGAUGGAUUUCGAUAGCUGGGAGCUGGAUGCGCUCCUCAGAUUUGGAGCCUGACGAUCGACUCGGACUCGGAUACCAAUGGAAAGCUAGCUAGCUAGCGACAAUUAGUAUGGUAAUAAUUUGAUUUGUUUUGAAGGGAGGGCAUUGUGUAAUAAGGUAUUGCGAUGAUAUCAGAUUAUCAGGAGCUGUCGUCGAGGGCUGAAAAAUAUCAUUUGCACAAUGUACAAUUCUAAGUAUAUAUAUAUAGCGUCAAGUUUUGUGUCCUGUA